UACAUAGUGACGUGUAUAUAUACAUAAAUCAUCAUAACAUAACAUAACAUAGAACACAGAUGAAGGAAGAGAAGUGAAGAUCUAGUAAGAUAGUUGAGAUGGAGGCAAAUAGAAAUAGCAUUUCAGAUGACACAGGAACACCUCUAUUACUGCCAAAACAGAACAGAAGACACCAUUGGUGGGACAAAAUCUUGGACAUAGAAGAAGCUAAACAUCAACUUCUGUUUUCACUACCAAUGAUUCUUACAAACUUAUUCUAUUACUUAAUCACUUUGGUUUCUGUCAUGCUUGUUGGUCACCUUGGUGAGCUUCAAUUAGCUGGUGCUACUCUUGCUAACUCAUGGUUUAGUGUCACUGGCGUGGCACUCAUGGUUGGUUUAAGUGGUUCACUGGAAACACUUUGUGGACAAGGAUUUGGUGCAAAGGAAUAUCACAUGUUGGGAAUUUAUCUACAAGGCUCAUGCAUUAUAUCUUUAAUUGUUUCAAUCAUUAUAUCCAUUAUUUGGUUCUAUACAGAACACAUUCUAGUGUUUCUCCAUCAAUCUCAAGACAUAGCUAAAACAGCAGCACUCUAUAUGAAGUUUCUUGUACCAGGAUUAUUUGCAUAUAGCAUCUUGCAAAACAUCUUGAGGUUUUUACAAACACAGUCUGUUGUAAUGCCAUUGGUUAUCCUUUCAGCUUUUCCAGCAUUGGUUCAUGUUGGCAUUGCAUAUGGAUUUGUUCAAUUGACAGGAUUGAGUUUCAUAGGUGGACCAAUUGCAGCUUCUAUUUCACUAUGGAUUGCAAUGAUAUUGUUAAGCUCAUAUGUCAUGUAUGCAAAGGAGUUUAAGAAUACAUGGAGAGGAUUUUCAAUGCAAUCAUUUCAUUACUUGUUUACAAAUAUGAAACUAGCUCUGCCUUCUGCAGCAAUGGUAUGUUUGGAGUAUUGGGCUUUUGAAGUUUUGGUUUUCUUAGCUGGAUUAAUGCCUGACUCACAAAUCACAACUUCAUUGAUUGCAAUAUGUGCAAACACAGAAUUCAUUGCUUACAUGAUCACUUAUGGUCUUAGUGCAGCUGCAAGCACAAGGGUUUCCAAUGAAUUGGGAGCAGGCCGGCCGGAAAAAGCUAAACAUGCAAUGGGAGUGACUCUAAAGCUCUCUCUCCUCCUUGGUUUCUGUUUUGUUUUGAUACUUGUAUUUGGUCAUGAUUUAUGGAUUCAACUGUUUAGUAGUAGUCCUACUAUCAAAGAGGAGUUUGCUUCUGUGACACCCCUGCUUGCUAUUUCCAUACUACUAGAUUCUGUUCAAGGUGUCUUAUCAGGGGUGGCCAGAGGAUGUGGUUGGCAACACUUAGCUGUUUAUGUCAACCUUGCAACUUUUUAUCUCAUUGGUUUACCAAUUUCGUGUCUCCUUGGGUUUAAGACCAAUUUGCAAUUUAAGGGUUUAUGGAUUGGUGUGAUCUGUGGACUGGUGUGUCAAACUGGAACUCUUUUACUUUUGACAAAGCAUGCCAAAUGGACUAAACUGAAUAUCUCAGGGGACAAAGAUAAAGACCAACCUAUUGUUGUUUAACAAUUAGAUGCCUUGUGAAUUAGGACUGAUUAAACCUAUGUUUGAAACCAGUGACAGCUCCUUUAGAUACACCGUGUGAGCAAAUCUAAUAACUUGGAGCUCCAGGCUCAUCGGCGUGUGGUGAAGGGUGAAGACUCAUCAAACGUGAAAGCAAACCCGGGCUAAAAAGAUUAUCACAACUUGUAAUAAACACGAUUUAGUAUCUAAAAAUGUUUCUUGCUCCUAUUCAUGUAGAGAAAAUGAGAACAAUGUAGUGUUGGUGAGUUGCAGACAUAAAUAUUGACACAUGAUUAACAAAGUUUCCUGUUAGGCUGUCUCUAUUUCCAGAAUCUGACAGGAACUCCUAUUGUAGCCAGACAGGAAUAUAUUUCAUCACAAAUUCUAUAACUAGAGAUCAUAUAAAAUUUGGAAAUAGAUUUGAUGCAGUCAAAACACCAUAUUGGAUGAA